ACUCAAGACACAAGUUCAGUGGAGGAUCAAGAAACAUAGACAUUGUCAUUAUUCAUGCCUUGUAUUUUUAUUAUCUUAAGGUAAAGAUGUCCUGCACUAUUCUGUAUCCGCUGCUGCUGCUACUGGUGUUCAGCUGUGCCUGUAUAUCUGAGAUCCAGCAGACUGAGAGGACUGAGCCUUUACCCUGGAAGAGUUGUGCUGGUGAGAAUCAACAGUCCUGCCUCGCAGGAAUUUGCCCACUGUUGGCAGAGUUGACCUCCACUCUGCAAGCCAACAUGGACCAGGAAUCUCUCAGGAGAAAAGACGAAUAUAACAUAGCGUUUGCUGCUGCACUUGGAAACGUACAAGACAUUGGGCCCUUCAACACUGAAGUCACACUGGUUUACAACAAAGUCUAUGUGAAUGCUGGGUUACAUUACAACCCAGGAACUGGCAUCUUCACAGCACCCGUUAAAGGAGUCUAUUUCUUCAGUUUUUCUGGCCAUAACAAGACAUCCAAACCCAUGGCUCUAAGAAUUGCUAAAAAUGGAAAGUCGAUGUCAGUUAUUUACAAUCAUGCUCUAAUUGACGCAGGUUUCAGGUUUGAAACAUUGUCCAAUUCCAUCAAUUUGAUGCUGGAGAAGGGAGAUCAAGUCUGCAUGCGGCUCUGGGCAAAUACAUGGGUGUUUGAUAAUGAUGACAGUCUAACUUUAUUUACUGGCCAUUUGCUCUUUCCUCUUUGAACACUUUAUCACAGUUUUUCCCAGUUGCUUUGACAUUUCUUUUAUUAUGAUUAUUUCUACACCAGAUUUGAUUGUCUUAUUCAUUUAAGAAAAUUGCAGGUGUUUUAGCAUGUGUGCAAAAAAGUACAAUUGUCAACAGUACAAGUACAACAGGGGUGCUCAAUCCUGUUCUUGGAGAUCUACCUGCCUGCAGAGUUCAGUUCCAACCCUGCUCCAACACACUUGUCUGUAAGUGUUCCUGAAGAUCUUAACUAGCUGAUGUGUUUGAUCAGGGUUGGAUGUGAACUUUGCAGGAAGGUAGAUCUCCAGGAACAGGAUUGGGCACCCGGUUUACAAUUUGCACAAUAGCUAAAUGCACAUGGCUUUCUGAUGAGUUGAUUGCCAGUUAAAACUGUCAUACAUGUCACAACUUUUAAAACAUUCUAUUAUCAUCUAAGGAAUCAUACGCAAAUAUGAAUAUUCCAUAAACAUCUCUGACAUGGAAUGCUUAAAGUUUGAUUAAAUAACCUCCUAUUGUAAUGAAACAAAAAUCAGUUUUCCCAAUGGACCAGUCAAGUCCAGAUAUCCAGGAGCUUGCCUGGAUAUCAAUGUAUGCUGUAUGACAAUAAAUUGUAUUUUCUGAUUACAUGUAACACAUCUCUAUAAAAAUAAUCAUAUUGUGAGCAUUCAAAUGUCUAUAUUAAUUUUCUGUGUACUGACUUGUUUUGGACUGAUUUUAAUUCAGUUUUAUCUUGGUUAAUAAAAGCCAAAUUCUUCUUGUUUUAAGCA